AUAAAGUUGCCGGUGGCGCAGAGCUAUCGCCAUAGAUCCCUGGGAAAAUUGAAAGAUUCGUUGGAGUGCGAUGGAAAUUAUGAUGGGGUAACGUUGUUUGAUAAUGCAAGAGAUUCGAGCUCUUUCAAGAAGGAAUCUUAUUCUGUAGUUUUACCGAAAUAAAGAUUGAUUCUAACCUCAUCGCUCUGGUGGCAUGUCACAUGGGAGACUAGCUCGUAGCUGAUAUAUACGUACCGGGAAGAUCGUGUUCAGGAUGGAGGAAUGGUCAUUAUAUGUGAGGAUCCUGGGAGCAAGGAUAACGACGAACUUUGGCUAAUUCGUCGUUUCAGUCUUGUAAUGUGAGGAGCCGUACGUGUAUCGAGCUUAGACUGGGAAGGAUCAUGUCGGGGAGCUGUGGAGAUCCUGUGACUCUUAUUGACUGAAAUGUUCUCUCGUGAUAUAUCAGUACAAUUAUUGAAGAAGUUCAACCGUACACAACUAUCCUGGAUCUGAGCACCUUUAACAAUUCCAACGAUGACGUAGCAUCCUCAAUCGUCAAGAAAAGCAGUUACAUCGUUCGAAGAAAUAAAAAGCCAGCAGUGAAUCAAUUGUCCUUUUCGACGUUGUUUAUUCUAUGGUACAGCAGUGAAGGAUGCCCAUCGACUCAGGAUACAGAAAUUCUAAGUAAUAAGAUAAAAGAUCUCAAUUAUGAAAGAUCACGUGCCCCUUUGAUAUUGAUACUCCAAUCAAAAUUAAUUUGCACAAAAAUGGCAGAUCUUCUUCGAGAACUACAAGGACCACGAGCUUAUCGUUUGGUUAUUCUGACUUUAACAUUAGUGAAUGGUUGUCACGUUUCUCUACAUACUUAUGAUCAUUUCACACGAAUUUAUUCAAGUUUUUCAGAAAUCAAUAACAUCACCAUAUUUCCUAACAAUAUCCGAAAACUUAACGGUUUCAAGUUGAAAGUUGCUGCUGCACACAAUCCGCCGUAUGUGUAUCUCGACAGAGACAAGACAACUGGUCAGGCAAAUAAUAUGGAUGGACCCGAUAUACAAAUGAUAAACAUAAUAUCCAAACAAUUGGAUCUAGAUAUCGAAUUUUUACCACGAUUCAACGAAUUGUUCAAUGGAAAAUCGAGUAAUGGUAAACCCAUAGGCGUCGUUGUGGAGUUGUUUGAGCACAAGCAUGACCUCACUGCCAAUAGCAUCUACAUUCAUACGUAUAACGAGCAAUUCUCGCGUUUCGCGGAAAUGACUCGACCCUAUAAUUAUGCAACUCUAUCUGUAAUGAUAUUAUCAAACGGCGCAGUAAGCGUUGUGAAUAGUUUCGUGGGCGUGAAGGAAUUGACAAUUGUCUGUUGUUGUUUACUGGCUGCUAUUUGGCUCGGACUGUCGGUAGUGCCUAGGGAUCAUCCUGCUACAGGAAUAUUAAAAACCCUAGGGAGUCUUCUAGGAUCAGGAGUACCACUUUAUCCAAAAUGGUGGUCAGCUAAGCUUUCUUUAAUGUCAUUCACAGUAUUAUUCGCCAUUAUGUCUACCGACCUUCAAUCUUUAUUGACAAGUUCGCUGAUAUACGAAAUCGUUCCGAAUGAUAUCAAGACAUUGCGAGAAUUGGAAAGCAACGAAUACUCGCUCUUGUUAGGGGAAGGACAUUAUAAUAUGUGCUUUGGUCAUAAUCAUGAGCAGAAUAACCACAGUAAUUAUUACACAAGAUUGCAGGCUCGUGCGAAGAUACUCGAAAACAAGCAAUUAUGCGUACAACGACUUCUGGAAGGUGGGAAAAAUGGUAAAAUUGGUUGCGUCAUCGAGACCUAUAUUGGAUUGUGGUUUAUUAAGAAAUUUAGCGAAUUAGUCAUAGUCGAGGAGACGCUUUUGACGCAUUGGAAAGGAUUUGUAUUUUUUAAAGGAUACUAUGCUCUUCCGAUGGUUAAUAAAGUAUUGUCGAUCCUUACUGAAAAUGGUAUUACGAAUAAAAUUAUUGGAGACUACGUAGGUAUUAGACGUAAAGUAAUACCUAAAAAUGUGACCUAUCGGUUGACGUUAAAGAAUUUUUAUAAUACUAUCUAUGUAAUAGUUAUACUCUAUGCGAUAUCUAUUAUUGUAUUUUUAAUUGAGAUUUUAAUUGGACGUUAUACAAAAAUUUAG